AUGGCUACAGAGGUAGAAAGUACAACCGAACCCACUAAACUCGAAGAAUCUUCUAUGACAACCACAAACACACCAACUCUAACACCACCCGAGAAUUAUACUCCUAUUCUGCCAGCUCCGUUAAAUGACAAACAAAAGGCUAUUUUAACAGAAUUAGAAACUUAUGUCGAAAGCAUCUUGUUACCGGAAGAUGAUGCGUAUUACUCACAUGAACGAGCAUGGGUAACGGAAGCUUGUUUAAAAAGAUAUUUACGCGCUUCAAAAUGGCAUAUUAAUGAUGCCAAACAAAGAAUAAAAUACACUUUAGAAUGGCGACGAGAUUAUAAACCAGAUCAGAUUGAUAUGGAGGAAAUGAUUGAAGAGAAUUUAACAGGAAAAAUGUAUUUGCAUGGAUUCGAUAAAUAUGGACGUCCAAUUCUAGUACUACGACCUGGCUACGAGAAUACUAAAGCGGGACCGUCACAAGUCCGCAAUGUGGUAUUCUGGUUUGAGAAAGCAAUCACAUUGAUGCCUGAGAAUGUGGAAACAAUCACGAUUCUCGUAGAUUUUAAUAAAACAUCGGCGCGUACUAGUCCUGGUCUUGGUAUUGCAAAGGAAUUUAUGCAUGUCUUGGGAUCACAUUACCCUGAAAGAUUAGGAUUGGCAUGUGUAAUUAAUGGACCAUGGUAUUUCUGGACUUUUUUUAAAUUAAUUGGAAACUUCAUUGAUCCGGUCACUAAAGAAAAAAUACAGUUUGUAAAUUUGCUGGAGCCCGAAAAAGUUGCAAACAAGAAACAAUGGGUGAAUUUGGACACGUUUAUUGAUGUGCCGCAGUUGGAAAUAGAUUAUGGCGGGAAAAGUCAUUUUGUGUAUGAGCAUAAAGUAUAUUGGGAUGUCUUAUCGAAGAUGAAACUUUGA